GUGACGGACCAGAACCACCGCCUGCCCCGCAGACCGCGGCCUCCACUGCAGCCCGCACUACGGAGCGAGGGAGAAAGCGACAUGGCGGCGGCAGCGAAGGCCGAGAACCUCUCACUGGUGGUGCACGGACCCGGGGACCUUCGCCUGGAGAAUUAUCCAGUUCCUGAACCAGGCCCAAAUGAGGUACUGUUGAAGAUGCACUCAGUUGGAAUUUGCGGCUCAGAUGUCCACUACUGGCAGCACGGUCGAAUCGGGGAUUUCAUUGUGAAAAAGCCAAUGGUGCUGGGGCAUGAAGCUGCAGGAACAGUCAUAAAAGUGGGAUCAUCGGUGAAGCACCUCAAACCAGGUGAUCGUGUUGCCAUUGAGCCUGGGUCUCCCCGAGAAAAUGAUUAUUUCUGCAAGAUCGGGCGGUAUAAUCUGACCCCAUCCAUUUUCUUUUGUGCCACUCCCCCUGAUGAUGGAAAUCUGUCCCGAUUCUACAAGCAUAAUGCUGACUUCUGCUACAAGCUCCCUGACAAUGUCACCUUUGAGGAAGGGGCCCUGAUUGAGCCCCUCUCUGUGGGGAUCUAUGCCUGCCGUCGAGGUGGAGUAUCCCUGGGGAACAAGAUCCUGGUGUGUGGAGCUGGGCCCAUUGGACUGGUUAAUCUGAUUGUGGCCAAGGCAAUGGGAGCAGCUCAAGUCCUGGUAACUGAUAUGAAUGCCUCUCGGUUGAGUAAAGCCAAGGAAGUAGGAGCUGAUUUCAUUCUCCAGAUCAACAAGGAGAGUCCUAAGGAAAUUGCCAGUAAAGUGGAAAAACUUCUGGGGUCCAAGCCGGAAGUCACCAUCGAGUGCACAGGGGCAGAGUCCUCCAUCCAGACGGGGAUCUAUGCCACUAUCUCUGGUGGAACCCUGGUGCUUGUGGGAAUGGGUGCUGAGAUGGUGUCUGUACCCCUAGUGCAUGCAGCCGCCCGGGAGGUGGAUAUCAAGGGUGUAUUUCGAUACUGCAACACGUGGCCAAUGGCAAUUUCAAUGCUUGCAUCCAAGACUAUAAACGUGAAGCCCUUAGUCACACAUAGGUUUCCUCUGGAGAAAGCCAUGGAGGCCUUUGAAACAUCCAAACAGGGAGUGGGGCUGAAAGUCAUGAUCAAGUGUGACCCUAAUGACCAGGAUCCCUGAUGUGAACUGGGCGGUGCCCCCUUCCUACCCUUUCAGCAUCUCAGGGCUAAACAGCUGAGCAGGGUGGGCCUCGUGACAAACUUUUUUUUUUCUGAAUGACAAGAAUAAUUAAUGUAAUUCAUUAAGCACAGAGCCUUACAGAGGAGUUGGUGUGCCUUGAAAAUGCAAAUAGGUAGAGUUUGGAGACCUUGUACCCAGAAUGACCUGCUUGUGCUAAGCCAAGUCCUGCACAUAGAGCUAUGUCUGGCAGCCAAGGGUUAGGACCUGCCCUUCUUCUCUUCUUUGGGUGGGGACAGAAAUUCUGCCCUUGUGUUUCUGGUACCACCAUGACUGCCAGGGAAUGGGCAGCCCUGAGGCUGAAUGCCUUGCAAAGUGUCUAACCAUCUUUCUCCUACUCCUAACUCUACCUGAAGCAUGGCCUCUACUGCUAGUCAACUUGGAGACCUUCAAUGCUUCCUGACUAGCCCAAAAGAGCUUGGUCAACUACCUGAGGAUUUGAUAUCCCCACCCUAACCCCUCCUAGGCUCCCUCAGUUAAUAGACAAUUCUAUUCGAUUCUGGUCAUUGUAAGUGGAGGAAAAAUGGUCCCUCUGAUCACUGCAGUUGAGGCUCUUGGUAUCUUCCUGUCUUUUGGAAGAGUAUCUCUAAACUUACCCUAUUUUAAUCUUGGGUUGUUACUUUUUUCCUGUAUAACAUUUUAAAAGGCCAAUCACACCCUUGGUGAUUUUUGAGAUUAAUAAUCAAGAAUGAGGAUAUAGUAGCUGUGACGGAACUUGGGCUAUAGCCUUUAAUUCCUUACUUCAGAUGUGGGCAGAGGGUUUAUAUGGGGAAACAGCAUGGCCAGUGCCUAAAAUUCAUCAAACUGCUUUGGGCAAUAAAUUCUCUGCUUCUGGUAUCUGA